CUGGCGCAUAAGGAAAAAAACUACGGAGACCGAAAUAAAGUAGCAGAUAGAGACAGAGAGACGGAGAGUUGUACUGUACAUGGAAAUGUACAUAAUAAUUAAGAAUUAGUAUAAAAUAUGGUAAAAUAUGUCACCGACGGCAAACCAAAACAAAUUCAUAGCUUGUUGGAGACUUUUCUUCUCGCCAGAGAGAUAGACAGACCCUUCAUCCAAAUUCAAUUCUGUAGCUUCAAUUUUCUGCUUCAGAAUUUGUGAUUAAGGCAGAUAAUGUCGAGUGGGGGAACUCAGAAUAGUUUAAGAAAAACACUUGGAGCUCUCAAGGAUACGACCACUGUCAGUUUGGCUAAAAUUAAUAGUGACUACAAGGAAUUGGACAUUGCCGUUGUGAGAGCUACAAAUCACGUCGAGCGCCCAGCAAAAGAAAAACACAUAAGAGCUAUUUUUGCUGCUAUAUCAGCUACCAGGCCUCGAGCUGAUGUUGCAUAUUGCAUACAUGCCCUUGCGAGACGAUUGUCAAAGACUCAUAAUUGGGCGGUUGCCUUAAAAACUUUGAUAGUAAUCCAUCGUGCAUUGAGAGAGGUUGAUCCCACAUUCCAGGAAGAACUUAUCAAUUAUGGUAGGAGCAGGAACCAUGUGCUUAAUUUGGGCCAUUUCAAGGAUGACUCAAGUCCAAAUGCAUGGGAUUAUUCUGCCUGGGUGCGUUCUUAUGCAUUAUUUUUGGAGGAGAGGCUGGAAUGUUUCCGAGUGUUGAAAUAUGAUGUGGAGACAGAACCUCCGAGAACAAAAGAUUUGGACACUCCAGAGUUGCUUGAGCAAUUAUUGGCUUUACAGCAACUUCUGUUUCGGGUUCUUGGCUGUCAGCCACAAGGAGCGGCAGUUCAUAAUUUUGUUAUUCAGUUGGCCCUUUCUAUGCUUGCCACUGAAGGCAUUAAAAUUUAUAAUGCAAUAAGUGAUGGUACAGUUAAUUUAGUUGACAAGUUCUUUGAGAUGCAACGGCAUGAUGCUCUUAAGGCACUGGAUAUAUACCAGGGAGCUGGCCAGCAGGCAGAGAAAUUGUCGGAAUUUGUUGAAGUGUGUAAAAAUCUUGACAUUGGCCGCGGAGAAAGAUUUAUAAAGAUUGAGCAGCCUCCUGCAUCAUUUCUACAAGCUAUGGAGGAGUAUGUGAGAGAAGCACCACGUGCUUCCACUAUUCGCAAGGAUCUGAACGUUGAUGAAAAGUCGAAGGUGAUAUUACCCAUGGAGUACAAAAAGAAUUCAGAGGUCAAGGAAGACUGCCCAUCAUCACCACCUCCAGCUGAACCACAACCGAAGCCGGAACCAGAACCAGUUAAAGUGGAAGCAUCUGUUUCAGAACCACCUGAUCUGCUGGGUUUGGAUGAUCCUGUUCCAGCUGCCUCUGCAUUAGAUGAGAAGAAUGCUAUGGCUUUAGCCAUUGUGCCAGUUGGUGAACAACCAGCUUCAGCUGGGCCAAAUCUGUCAAAUGGAACUGCGGGCUGGGAAUUAGCUCUUGUUACAGCACCGAGUUCCAAUGGGAGUACUUCUUCUGCUAGCAAAUUGGCUGGUGGACUCGACAUGCUUACACUAGACAGCCUAUAUGAUGAUGCAAUCCGAAGAACCAACCAGAAUGUUAGCUACAAUCCAUGGGUACAAGCUCCAACGGCCACUCCCAUGAUGCCCCAAACUGCUCACGACCCAUUCUAUGCCUCCAAUGUAAUGGCUGCACCACCUUCCGUGCAGAUGGCAGCCAUGGCCAACCAACAACAGGCUUUCAUCUACCACCAGCAGCAGAUGAUGAUGAUGAUGAGGCCACAGCAGCCCACAAACCCUUUUGAAACCCCGUAUGGAGCCAGUAGCCAGCCUUACGGCUCAGGUAUGCCAACUCGAGCUUAUAAUCCUCAUCCAAGCCUUACUUGAGUUGAGUAAUUCCCACGGGAACGUUAUUUUGUUGGAAAUUUGAGGAGGACAAAUAUGAAUUUGUAGUUAGUACUGAAUUUUACACUGGACAGCUAUCUAAAGAUAGAUGAUUUGUAUCAUAUGAUGUGUCCAAAGUAUAGGAAGGGAUUAAAUUAGUUGUUUCAAUAAUUAAGUAGAAACAAUUAUUCUGCCUUCUGAAAAUAACUUGAACCUUGAGGCAGUUGGUUUCGGUGUAUGAACGUCUUUGCAUUAUUAACUAAC